CCCCGAGGUGACCGAGCUCUCUGCUCCCUUUCCCCGCAGCUUGAAGAAGAACACGCACACGUAUUUCUACACCAGUUUUGUGGCCUACAUCUUCGGGCUGGGCCUGACCAUCUUCAUCAUGCACAUCUUCAAGCACGCCCAGCCUGCUCUUCUGUACCUGGUGCCCGCGUGCAUCGGAUUCCCGCUUCUCGUGGCCUUGGCAAAGGGAGAAGUAACCGAAAUGUUCAGCUACGAAUCCUCUGCCGAAAUCUUGCCACACACACCGAGGCUCACCCACUUCCCCACCGUGUCGGGCUCGCCGGCCAGCCUGGCUGACUCCAUGCAGCAGAAACUGUCCUGUCCCCGCCGCCGCCGGCAGCAAAGCCCCAGUGCCAUGUAGCAAUCGCACGCGGUGCCCUUUCUCUGUCGCUCUGGCCAGCUACGAGGAGAGCUCUACCCCCAAGGAGGUGCCGGGGACCCCCAAAGAAGAGACGACAGAAGCCUCCAAGAAGGAGAAGUGACCUUGCCCACGGGCCAUGCCCGCUGCCACUGGGCUGGGACCCUUCCAGACCCCCUGCGAAUGACAGACGACGAAACCAAUUGUGCAAGAGCAUCGUGUUGUGUGUGUGGGAGCAGCCGCCCAGGUGGGGUAUCGAUGUACGCCGCGCAGCCACCCCCCCGCCUGCUUAUCUCCCCCGGGGGGUGCACG